ACAGCUGUUUCAACAUAAAUGACACAAAAAUGCCGAAAUGCAAGUGCGUACGCCGUGAAUAUUGUUUGAAUAAACUAAUAGAAUGUUCCUGAAGUUAUAAUAAUAAAUAAUUUUAGUACAAUGGGUGAACUAAAUAAAAAACAUACGGAUUGGGACACCACAACCAAGGGGUUACGAGAACCUAUAAAAUCUUUAGAGGACAAAUGGAAACUAGUGCCUUCAUUUCUUCAAGUAAAAGGAUUGGUGAAACAGCACAUAGAUUCAUUUAACUAUUUUAUAAAUAUUGAAAUAAAAAAGAUUGUUCAAGCUAAUGAAAAAGUGUUUUGUGAUUCAGACCCUCUGUUUUAUAUUAAAUACUUAAAUGCUUAUGUUGGAACACCGGAUCUUGAAGAGGGUUACAAUGUUACAAAACCAACAACACCACACGAGUGUCGGUUGAGAGACAUGACAUACUCAGCACCUAUCACAGUGGAUAUAGAAUACAUUAGAGGCAAUCAGCGAGUGAUCAAGAAUAAACAACUCAUAGGAAGAAUGCCCUUAAUGCUGAGGUCAUCAAAUUGUGUCUUGACUAACAAGUCUGACUUUGAACUAGCACAAUUAAAUGAAUGUCCACACGACCCUGGUGGCUACUUCAUCAUCAGAGGGCAAGAAAAAGUAAUAUUGAUUCAAGAGCAGUUAUCAAGAAAUAGAAUGAUUGUAGAUGAAUUCAAAGGGGCCAUACAGUGUCAAGUAACUAGCUCCACACAUGAGAAAAAGACGAGAACCAAUGUCAUUGUGAAAAAUGGAAAAUAUGUGCUCAGACAUAAUGCACUUUCAGAUGAUAUUCCAAUAGCAGUCGCAUUCAAAGCCAUGGGAAUCUGCAGUGACCAAGAAAUUAUACAGUUGAUUGGCACUGAUGACAACACUGUCAAAAAGAUGGCGCCUUGUUUAAUGGACUGCCAUAAUCUAAGAAUAUUCACACAAAAUCAGGCCCUUUCCUACAUUGGAAGCAAAUUGAAGGUAAAAAGGUUUCAGACUGCUAAUUCCAAAGCGCGCACCCCCGUUGAUGAAGCGCGUGAUCUUUUAGCGACUACUAUCCUAGCGCAUGUUAUAGUUGAGAACUACAACUUCUAUGUGAAAGCAAUCUAUCUGGCUAUUAUGGUCAAAAGGGUGAUUGAAGCUGAAAACAAUAAAGCAGCAAUUGAUGAUCCUGAUUAUUACGGAAACAAACGCCUUGAGCUGGCAGGGUCCUUACUGGCUUUGAUGUUUGAAGACUUGUUUAAAAGGUUCAACUGGGAACUGAAAUCUAUCGCCGAUAAGAUAAUACCGAAAGUGAAAGCGGCGCCAUUUGAUGUAGUCAAACAUAUGAGGCCAGAUCUAAUUGCUAAUGGACUGUUUGCUGCUAUUUCAACUGGAAACUGGACAAUUAAAAGAUUCAAAAUGGAAAGGCAUGGAGUUACGCAAGUUCUUAGCCGCCUCAGCUAUAUUUCUGCUUUGGGAAUGAUGACAAGAGUAAACUCUCAGUUUGAGAAGACUAGAAAAGUAUCUGGUCCCCGUUCUUUGCAACCCUCACAGUGGGGCAUGUUGUGUCCCUCUGACACUCCUGAAGGAGAGGGAUGUGGGUUGGUGAAGAAUUUGGCACUUAUGACCCACAUUACUACUGAAUGCUCAGAGGCACCUAUAGCAAGGUUAGCUUGCAAUGCUGGUGUGGAAGAUGUGAGAUUGCUGGGAGGAGAGGACAUCAAUCAUCCGUCUGUUUACCUGGUCUUCCUCAAUGGUAACAUACUGGGAGUAACGCGACACUACAAAAAACUAAUCAAGGUCUUCCGAAUGUUCCGAAGACGUGGACUCAUUUCGGCUUUUGUUUCUAUUUACCCGAAUCAUAACCAAAGAACCGUCUACAUAUGCAGUGACGGGGGCAGGCUUUGCCGCCCUUACAUUAUCGUUGAGAAAGGCAACCCUCUUGUGCAACAGCAUCAUAUUAAUGAGCUAAACAGAGGUAUCAGGAAGUUCCAAGACUUUUUGAAUGAUGGUCUGAUAGAAUAUUUGGAUGUAAAUGAGGAGAAUGACAGUCACAUUGCGACUCAAGAGCAUGAAAUUGAACCAUAUAUGACGACGCAUUUGGAGAUAGAGCCUUUUACGAUCCUUGGAGUGUGCGCUGGUCUGGUGCCGUACCCGCAUCACAAUCAGAGUCCUAGAAACACAUAUCAAUGUGCUAUGGGUAAACAAGCCAUGGGGACAAUUGGCUACAACCAGAAGAAUAGGAUAGACACCUUGAUGUACAACCUAGUAUAUCCUCAGUGUCCAAUGGUUAAAACGAAAACAAUAGAGUUAACCAAUUUUGACAAACUACCUGCGGGACAAAAUGCCACUGUUGCUGUGAUGAGCUACAGUGGCUAUGAUAUAGAAGAUGCUUUGAUUUUAAACAGAGCCUCCAUCGAUCGUGGAUAUGGGCGAUGUCUUGUAUACAAAAGCGCAAAAACCACAAUGAAGAGAUACAGUAAUCAAACAUCGGACCGAAUUUUGGGUCCUUCGAGAGAUGCUACAACUGGUAAAAUUAUAAAAGCACACGAUAUUCUAGAUUCUGAUGGAAUAGCGGCUCCCGGUGAGAUAGUUGAGAACCGACAGGUGUUGAUUAACAAGCAAAUGCCACCGGCGACGCUAAACCCCGUCCCACAAGGUCAACCUCAGCAUAUUGAAUACAAGGAUGUCCCCAUUACAUACAAAGGGCCUGUGGAAUCCUAUAUUGAAAAAGUAAUGGUUUCUUCUAACUCUGAAGAUGCUUUCCUCAUCAAGAUAUUGUUGCGUCAAACUAGGGUGCCCGAGAUUGGUGACAAGUUCAGCUCUCGUCAUGGUCAAAAAGGUGUUACUGGUCUCAUCGUACAACAGGAAGACAUGCCGUUCAAUGAUAGGGGAAUAUGUCCAGAUAUGAUUAUGAACCCUCAUGGGUUUCCCUCUCGAAUGACAGUCGGCAAAACAAUUGAACUGUUGGCUGGAAAGGCGGGUUUAAUGGAAGGCAAAUUCCAUUACGGUACCGCUUUUGGAGGAUCGAAAGUUAGAGAUGUCUGUAACGAAUUAGAAAAGCACGGAUACAAUUAUCACGGGAAAGACAUUUUCUACUCAGGAUUGACAGGGGAACCUCUGGAGGCUUACAUAUAUUCUGGACCGGUGUACUACCAGAAAUUAAAGCACAUGGUUCAAGACAAGAUGCACGCACGCGCUCGCGGGCCCCGCGCCGUGCUGACUCGUCAGCCCACUGAGGGUCGCUCUCGGGACGGGGGGCUCCGACUCGGCGAGAUGGAACGUGAUUGUCUCAUCGGGUACGGAGCAAGCAUGUUGCUAAUGGAGCGGUUGAUGUUAGCGUCGGACGCAUUCAGCGCGGACAUCUGCGGCUCGUGCGGGCGGCUGGCGUCGCGCGCCUGGUGCCACGCCUGCCGCUCCUCCGCCGCCGUCUCCACUGUCGACAUGCCCUACGCGUGCAAGCUGCUCUUCCAAGAACUAGCCUCCAUGAACAUAGUCCCUAAACUUACUCUAAAGAAGUACUGCUAAUAGCAAAAAUACAUUUUUAAAUUAGUAAAAGU